UCUCACCCCCUCCCUCCUGCAGCUCUUCCAGCAAACCUCCCCGGAGCUGUCUGCUUCCUAACUCCUGGGAGAUGGGGGUCAUUCCCAGUGACUCGGGGCUGGCUGGCUGAACUGACAUGUCUUGAUUGACUCAACCGCUUCAGGACAUCUUUUUAUCAAAGGCAAAGGAACUUGGGGAUUUGAAUGCAGAUGGCAGCCAUGUCUGAAACAGCUGAGAUCAACGUUCCCAGCCAAUUGGAGGCUUCACCUACAAAGGGAUCAAAGAAGGAUAAAAAGAAAGGAUCAGAGAAGACUGAAGAAUAUCUAUUAGCAAGAUUUAAAGCUGAUGGAGUUCGCUAUAAAGCCAAGAUAAUUGGUGUUGACGAUGUGCCAGAUGCCAGAGGGGAUCAGAUGUGCCAGGAUUCAAUGAUGAAACUGAAGGGUAUAGCAAUAGCUGCUCGUGCACAGGGUCAACACAAGCAGAGGAUUUGGGUCACCAUCUCUCUAUCAGGAAUCAAGCUAAUUGAUGAGAAGACAGGAGUGAUUGAGUAUGAGCAUACAGUCAACAGGAUCUCCUUCAUUGCCAGAGAUGUCACCGAUAACCGUGCAUUUGGAUAUGUCUGUGGUGCAGAAGGACAGCAUCAAUUCUUUGCCAUCAAGACUGCCCAGCAGGCUGAGGCACUAGUUGUGGAUCUGAAGGAUCUCUUUCAAUUGAUCUACAAUCUGAAGAAAAAGGAAGAAGCUGAGAAUCAGUCUAAGGAGGGCCAACCCACUGAGAAUGGUAGUCCACUGCUGAACUUUGACCAGGUAUCUCAAAUUAAAAGUGAUAUCGAUCAGAUGCAGCUGUUUGGAGACAUGUCAACACCUCCUGACAUCACUUCCCCAGCAGAAUCAAAUGGCUGUUUGCUAGACUUGUCUUCUCCUGAAAUGGACCCUUUGAACACCUGCAUGAAAGAUCAUCUCCAGGAAGUGACUCCUGCUUCCUCACUUCACUUCUUCCCUGCACCUGAUCCUAACCCUUUUGGGAAUGACCCUUUUUCUGAACUUGACCAAUCAGCACCACCUAAACCAGUUGAUUCUGUAAAACCUUCUGAUCAGAAAGAUGGAGCUCUUCCCUUCCUAGCCAAUCAGAGUGGAGACCACCUUGGCCAUGACUUUGACCAGCCCCCUAGCCAGGUUGCCACUGGUGUGAAAGUUGAUACUCCGUCCUGGGGACUGAAUGGAGCAGUGGGGCAGGAUCCAGUUGAAUUGGGUAGCAGAGUGACCACUGACCCCUUUGCUGAGAUCUCAGGGGCCACACCUCCAGCACAGAAUGGGUUAAAACCAGGCUCCCUGGGUGCUGCAAACAUCAAGCAAGUGGACUCCCUCCUGAUGCAGAACUUUGAUGCAGUGACCUUGUCCCCUCCACCACAAAAUGCAAAAGGAGCUCGAGGCAGGAAGAACAAUCAGCUGGCCAGUGAGAAUUUUGGACCCAGCCCACCUGCUUCCAGUAUUCCACCCUCAGGCCAGAUCCCUCUGGAUCUUUUCAAUGUGCCAAGUUCCUCAUCACACGUCAGCCCAGGUUUGUCUGGACCACCUCCUGCUGGACCUUCUCACCCAAUGCCAUGGGGACAGCAGCCUCCAGUUCUUCCUCAGUCUGGCUCCAUGCCCCCAAGACCUAUCUUUGGCCCACAGCCUCCCUUUGGACAGCCCAAUGUCUUUGGCCAGCCAGCUGCAGCCUGGAGCCAGCCAGCUCCAUUUGGAGUCCCACCUGUACCCACCACUUGGGGGCAACGUAGCCUAGCCCCACCCAAUGUCUGGAGUCAGCCUGUUCUGCAGACCACUCCUUUUGGCACCAACCCUUUUGCUGCCUCCCUUUCUAUGGUGCCACCCAUUGUAGGUCUGGUCCCUUCUGCUGGGACCUCACUGUCCCCACCUCCCCCACCACCAAGACCCAGCCUGCAAGAAUCCUCCAAGCCUCAAACUAGUGCCUUCACUGCCUUGGACCCACUAGGAGAGAAGGAAGAGAAAAGUGUCAAGGAACUGUUUAAAGACUUCCAGAUCACCAAGCCCCCAACUAUUCCUGCUCGGAAAAGUGAGCAGCCAACUGUUGCUGGGGCAUCAGGAGCAUUUGGCCAAUAUUUCACCAGCAAAGUAGGUGUUCCCCAGGAAACCGCUGACCAUGAUGACUUUGACAUCAAUCAACUCUCAUCUACAACAAAUGCAGCUCCAGCAGCACCGAGCCAGAGUUCGACACUGAAUCCUUUUAAUACCAGUGGAGAUUCAGCACUAGCUGUUCCUGCUCCAUCUGACCCAUUUGGAGAUCCCUUUGGAAACCCAUUUGUGUAACAUUCUCUACAUGGUCUGUAUUCCAAAUUUGAUCAUCUGGCUUUGACGAGCAGCAGCCUUUGCACAGAACAGAAGGGUUAAUGAUUGUACCAGGUUUCCAAUAAGUGGGCCUUUGUCCUCCAGGUUUUCUGACUUGUUAGUGUUUAUUGUCAUUGAAUUUUAAUCCUGUGACCAGGAAGCAAAAUUCAAAUGUUUGUGUAAAGGCAGCUCUACUGUCUAGCUGCUACAAGCCAGCAAAUCCUUCCCUUGAAGCCAAUGCUUGUGACUGGUGUUUAAGUUUUCUUUUAGGCAAUUUAAUUCUCACUUGCCUUGCUGUUGUAACUGGGUGAUCUUUCAUUUUGACUCCCAUCCUGGACCUGUCUGGUCACCUUUUUUAUACACCAGUGCCUUGAUUAGACAGUGUCUAAUCCCUGUUUUUGAAAGGAUCAGUAUAACAUGGGAGUGAAGUCUGAUUCUAAAUGUCAGAUACUAGCUUUUUUUACUGACUUGUGACUGUAUGCUGGCACACCUUUUUUUUCUUUUUCCAAGAGUAUUAAAGUAUCUGUCAGUGGCAUCCUAGAAUUGCAGCACCUGGGAAAACCCAACACCUUUUUUGGGAGCUCUUUGAAACCAAGAAAUGCAAUUUUGCACAUUCUUAAGAUUAAUUCAAAUGGAAGGUUUGGUAUAAUGAAGUCCUAAGCCAAAUAAGUACUUGUACUCUUGUUAUAAAUUGGCUUCAUCAAUGUCACUAACUGGGAUAAAACUCUGGCUCCUGAAAUCCCCUCUCAUCCAGAUGGAGCAGUAUUCCUGUGCCAGUUAGAUACUCUACAAUGCACUUGUCCCCACAGGCCACUAGUAAUGUAGCACAUUGCACUAAAUAUUUUUAAUGUUUUUAUAGUUCACAGUGACACUAAUAGCAUGGUUUAGUCAGCUCCUGCAAUGUUUUGUCCUUGUGAUCUUUUUAACCUGAAGCAUACACCACCCUGAGCUGGCCACUCUCUGCACAGGUGCACUGCAAGUAUUACCUUGCAUCUCAAUACAGAUCACAUGUCAGCCUUUAAGGCAUAAGGCUUGGUCUAAUACGAUCAAAGAUCAUCUCAAUGUUUCAACAACCCUUGUCAAAUCACCAGCAAAAGUAUUGUAACAGUUACUGCAGGUCCUUUAUUACCUGAUCUCAUUAAUCCCCUCAUCUGUCUAUCUAAAUAGUAGCUCACCUGGAAAGUUGUUUAUAAGCUGUAACUAUUUCAAAUGUAAUCUCUGUACUGUGGUCUUUUAAUAAACCAAUAAUGCAUUA